AUGCUGUGGAAGUUGCUAAUGUGAUCCCAGCCCUGUGGGCUAUGUUCUUUCAGAAAGUUGUGAUCAAUUCCAAAAUACAGAUCUUUGUUAGCUUGCUUCACCUGUACAACUGAUAGACAGUCGAAGAAAAAAGGACAUGGAAGAGCUUAUAAAUUUUCAGUUGACAUUAGGCAAAUUCAUAGAUUAAGAGGCUGGGUGUGUUCAGUGGAUAAAUCCUAUGUUGAAGAAAUUGCAACUAUUUUACAAGAACUAAGUGCUGAGGAGACUGCCACAGCCAGUAUUCUGGUAUGCUGCCCAGAAAUAAUUGUCUGUAGUCCAACCGCUGUUAAUACCAGAAAACUUUGGCAGUUGGCCUGCAAAAAUGAGGAAGAGUUAAUCAAAUUAAUAGAGCAGUUUCAGUUCUUUUAAGAGUUGUCUCAAGAAUAUGGUCAUUAGAAGAUUUUUUAUAACUUCAUCUAUUUUUUUCAUAAUCUUGUUAAGAAUAAGCAAAUGAUAACAAUUCUCCAAGACAGUUAUCUAAAUGUAGGUGGCUGGGGCAACAUAGAAGUUUGGCUACUAAAAUGAUUAAGCCAAAUAAAUUCUCCUGCAGCUAUAAAGGAAACACUAGAAUUUCUCCAGGAGCAAAGUUUCUCAAACCUGAAAUUUCAACUUCUGUCCAAACCCAAAGGGUUUCUUUUUGAACUUUGUCCAAGAAGUACAAAGAACAGUAUUCCCUGCUCUAAAAAUGUUUAAAGCACAGAUCAUGAUCUUAGACAAUUAGUUUUGAAACGUCUUGCCCUUUUAUAUUAUUCUGUUCCAGUUUUAGAAAACAGAAUUAGAGAAAGAAUUUUCAUAGCUCAGAUAAGAGCAACCCCAGUGGUUGCUGCAUUAAUGCCACAGACAGUACAGUACAGUGUAAAGCUGAAUUCCUUAGGCUAUACAGUAAAGGAUGUACAUCUAGCAAAUCUAAAUGGAUCAAAAAAAAAAAAAAAAGAGUUUGAAGUUAAUUUUGGUAAAAUUCAAGCCAAAAAAGGAAGACUAUUAUUUAACAGCGUGGUACCACUAAAUAUUGAAGAGUGACUUAGUAAUACUUUUGCUUGCUAGCAGUUCACCAUGAAACUGGCUAGCAAAGACUUAUGCAAUUCAGGCAGUUUAUAGGCACCUGUAAUUUUAAGGACCUGCUUAGUUGCUGAGUUAUGUUGAAGUUACCUCUAAAUAGAUAACAUCUGAUUCAUAUUCUAUAUAUUAAAAUAUAAAUUGCAUUUAUUUUAAAUACAGUUGGCAACUUUGACCUUAAACUUUUAUAUCAGAAUCAUAUAUAAUAUUAAAUGG